CUGCCCACCCCCGCAGCGAGCGGAUUCUCCCCGCUGUCCAACCAUUCCUCCCGGCCGCCAGGCGGCGCGCGCGCCCCCCGGUCCCCCGCGCUUCAGGGGCGGCGGCGGCGGCGGGGCCAUGGCGGACCGGUUGACACAGCUGCAGGAUGCCGUCAACUCGCUCGCGGACCAGUUCUGUAACGCCAUCGGAGUGCUGCAGCAGUGCGGCCCCCCGGCCUCCUUCAGCAACAUCCAGACUGCCAUAAACAAAGAUCAGCCCGUGAACCCCACGGAAGAGUAUGCCCAGCUGUUCGCAGCUCUGAUUGCUCGCACUGCCAAGGAUAUUGAUGUUCUCAUAGAUUCUCUGCCUAGUGAAGAAUCCACAGCAGCUUUGCAGGCUGCUUGCCUGUACCGGCUGGAGGAGGAGAACCACGAGGCGGCAGUGCGACUGGAGGAGGUCGUGUACCGUGGGGAUGUGCUGCUCGAGAAGAUCCAGAGCGCCCUGGCCGACAUCGCCCAGUCGCAGCUGAAGACGCGGAGCGGCACCCACAGCCAGCCCCUGCCCGACUCGUAGCGCCAGGGGGCACCGCAGCCCUUCCCAAGCGCUUUGGCUACGCCUCUGCAUACUUCGGGAAUGGAUGGGUUGGCCCCGCCCUCCCGCGGGGCUGCCUCGCGCUCUGCUCCGCGACGGUUUUGGCACAGCUCGGCUGCGGGUUUUGUGUGAGAAACGCUUCUAUAGGGGCUCUGCUACAGAUUUGCUUGGGUUUGUUUCUUUGACUUACAACGAGUUUUCUGUUCACAAGUAUUACUUCAUUCGAAUUUAUUACAUAUUAGAAGUAUUUAUAUGAAUUAAUCCCACUAUGGUCAUGGUAUGUUUUUUAUAGGCCUCAGACACUUACGAGUUGGCCAGAGUUCCCUGGAGGUGGUGCUGUGAAUGCAGUGAUGGUCAUGUUUUAAUUAACAGUACUGGUAAUGUUGACUGACUGUUUUACCACCCUUUACAGAGCCUAUGAACGGAUAACUAAACUGAUGUUUACAGUGUGAUUGUUCUUGUCAUUGGCAUCACAUUUACAAAGAAAUAAACCUGCAGGUAUCUGA